AGGGAUUCUUUCAACACACACACCCUUUGAAAUGAAAGAAAUGAACUAUAAAUGGUGCUAUUCUUAUUUGCCUACUUGAGGAUAUAAACAAUUCGCUUUUGACAAAUCGUACAGCGUCCCACAGCCCCCAAAACUGCGUGGACUGGGAGACCAGCAAGGACCAUGCGCUUUUUACUACAAUCAAGCAAUCCCCAAUAAAUGGACGACAGCAGGGUGGUCACUAGAGUGUGUAUGUAAUACAACAGUCAAGCCUCGUUUCGUAAAAAAUAAUAAUAAAAAGAUAAGUCGGGAUUUACUGAUGUGGGUAACUUGAUGCUCCGUUUCGGUACGCCCCCGCUACUGUAACCUAAAAAACAUAACAGUUUUGGUUCAUCGCCUCCAAAACGAAUCCGUUUUCCCUUGCUUCUAAAGUUUCUCUCUUUCUCUCUCUCUUCUUUUUACCCCUUUUAUUUAUCUAAUAACCCAACGAUGGCUUCACAAGCCUUUGGUCGCGGAUUAACCAUUGGCCGUCAACAACAGCAUAACCAUCAUCAUCAUCAUGUUCGACACAGAUCUAACGGGAGCCGUCCGUCUUUGAGACAAGAUGGUAUCGAAUUAGAACAACAAGCAGGACAGCAACAACAGGAUGGUGAGGAGUUCGUUGAAGUACGUCAUCACAACUUGAGCCGACCUCCCUCAAGACAAUCCUCAGUGACCCAUCAUUCGUCGUCACUGCAUCGUCGACCCGUGUCAUCCUCUGGAUACCAGCCGCAUCGUCGGCAUGGACAUGAAACAUUUGGUGAUGUGAUGCUACAUCCUAUCAAGGAGUAUGAGCUACAUCGACAACGCGUGCAUGAGUACCAGGAAGACAAAAAGGUUUGGGAGCAGCAGCAUGAUCCUGAAAAGGCGAGUGAUACGCCCAUCGUGCCAGGAGCAGCCCUGGAAGCACCGAGACCAUUCAUCCGAACAAUGAUCCAUUUACGGCAUCUCAUGGGCGGUGACCAACAAAUUCGUAUCACCAAAGCCAUGGUCGAUCAUCUGAAGGAGCCGCUCGAGUUGACCGACGACGAGAUCUUGAAGCUCUAUCAGGUCCACGAUACGGAUGAGCUGAUUGAGUUUUUCCAUAAAAGUGGUCGUGACUAUUCUUUAAAGAUCCACAAGACCGUGAAUCGAAAGAAGAAACUUUCAGGUGAGGGUGAUGACGACACAAGCAGUAGUAGCUCAUCAUCAUCAAGCGAAGAUGAACAAGAUCGAGAUGAAACGCAAAACAGCAACAAGAACAACGAAAAGAAAACGAAAAAAUCGCCUAUCGAUUCGCCUGGAUCGGCCGACAACAAGGAAGCCGCUCCAUUGACACAGCCAAAACCUGUAGCAACCAUGAACGGCGACGACAUGAUCAUUGAAUUGAACGACAAUGUGUUUAUUGAGGUCAAGCGCUACUGGCCAUCGGAAGACGAACUCGACGCAGAAGGACCCAGCCGUCGCCCAAUCUUUUUGCUACCCGACCCUGAUCUAUCCGACGAGAUUGGUGAAGAAACGUCGGCGACAUGGCUCGAGUUGUUUGGAGAUGUGUUUUACGUUGGCUUUUUGGCCACGUUCACCCACGAGCAUCACAUUGUGGAUCAGCAGCAACUCGGUCUGUAUGCUUCUUGGUUCGUCGUCGUCUGGUGGACCUGGUGUGCCGGUGCAUUGUAUUCUUCGCGCUACGAGACCGGUGAUGUGAUGCAUCACAUCUACAAGAUCAUUGAGUUGUGCGGCUUGGUCGGCAUGGCAGGUUCCAGUGCUAACUUUUGGGACAAUCCAUUUGGAUUUAUCGUUGGUUACAUGGUGAUGAAAGCUGUGCUAUUGAUCGAAUACAGCGUUGUUUUAUGGGCGGCGACAAUGUCUGGAUCCUUUGCAAAAAGACCAUUGGCCGGCUAUGUAAUUGUGCAUGCGAUUGCUCUGGUCUUGUGGGGCGUGUCACUGCUGUACACGGACAAUCGUGGCGCGAGGUUUGCAUUGUGGUACAUUUCGAUCUUUUUGGAAGUCGUCGUGCAUAUCUAUCUCAAGAGCCACAAGCAAGUCUCCUUGGCUGCAAGCCAUCUGGGUGAACGGUUCGCUCUGUUUACGCUGGUUGUGUUGGGUGAAAAUUGCAUGGGCUUUAUACGUGCCGUCAUGGAAUCGGGUACUGAAGUCCGAGUCGUGGUGGCAAAUAUGUUUGGUCUGGUCAUCAUCUUUUUGUUCUUCUUCAUGUACUUUGACGACUUUAGCAAGGAAGUCUUGUCGGGUCAAGUCAAAAUGAGCCAGUUGUGGAUGUACCUGCAUUUCCCGCUCCAUUUGUGUCAAGUCGCUUUUGGUAUUGCCUUGACUGACGCAAUCACCAUUUAUGCCGAAGGCGGUGCAGGAAGUCUGGAAUCUGCUACUGCAACUGCGGCCCAUAUGGUGUCAACGUGGACCAACAAGAUGGCUGUGGUUGCUGCUGCCGCUGCUGAUGAAGGUGGAGAAGCAUCAAGCCACGUUGAUCCAUCUUAUGUAUACAAGUCCUUUUGGGUUUCUGGCGGCCUUAUUCUAGUUCUCAAUGCCAUCAUCAAGUUGAUCAAUACACCUGUUUCAGGAGCGAGAUGGUCGGGCAUUAUCUGUACGGUCCGUGUAUUGAACGGAGUGGUGUUUUUCGCAUUGACGGCAACAACAUACGACGAUUUGGACGGAUUGGCCAUGCUGGGUAUCAUGGUUGCAUGUCUAUUAUUCCAAGGUGCUAUUGAUUUGCUCGACUAACAUCAUCUUUGUAUUUACCCGUACUUGCUCCUCCAUCAUAUCCUCUUUGCAUGCAACUUUCUAAAAAAAACCCCCCAAGCCAUCAAAUAAUAAUAUCUAUAGAACAUACCAAUCGAUACCCUAUUAAAGAAAACUGUAAUCUAAAAUAAAAUAUAAACCCUUCUUGAUCGAUAAUGCUAGGGCGC